AUGGGUCUCGUCGUCUCCGCCACCGCCUCCUGCGGCGACAUCCUCGGCCGAGGCCGCUCGCCUCCUCCUCCUCCACCCACCACUGCGGCUACCACCCAGCCACCCAACGACGGCACCACGCCGGACCCGGAGCUCGUCAGCGUGUUCCGCCGCUUCGACGCGGACGGCGACGGCCGCAUCUCGGCGGACGAGAUGCGCGAGUCCUGCGGCUGCACAGCCGAGGAGGCCGAGGAGAUGGUUGCCGCCGCGGACCGCGACGGGGACGGCUUCAUCAGCCUGGAGGAGCUCGGGGCGCUGUUAGACGGCGGGGACCAGUCCGUCGACCUGCGCAACGCGUUCGCCGAGUACGACGAGGACGGCGACGGCGUGAUCACGGCCGAGGAGCUCCGCCGCGCGCUCCGGAGGUUGGGCGAGGAGGUGACGGCCGAGCGGUGCGCGGAGAUGGUGGCGGCGUUUGAUCGCAACGGCGAUGGGGUCAUCUCUUUCGACGAGUUCAAGGCCAUGUUGAACACCGAACCGGCGGCGUGA